AAGAUUAAUGUCAACGUAUAACUUCAUCUACUGUACUAGCUGCAACGGUUAACAUCUAACUCGAUUGUGUACACCACUGGGGCAGACUUUGAUUUUUAUAUCAUCAUACAUCUUGCGCUAGCAAGUUUCAAGAGUCACAGCUUAGGUGUAACUCGUUGCGCCGUUUACGAUGUCGAACCUCGAGGAGUACUUCAAUUCUGCCGUCCUGGAUGUGAUUACACCAAUCGUCUCUGUCGGGUUUCCUCCACAUGAAGAUAUUCAUGCCGCCAAUGCAUGGCUGGAGGCAGUAGAGGAUGAGAAUGUCGACAGGAACUUGGCCUUCUUCGACGAGAACCUUGCUUUCGUCCUUUUGUUGCGUUUCGGUUACGAACAAUUCGAUGAGGACGGCUUGGAAGACACUAAGCCGAGGAAACCACCUAUAUCCCUUCUUUCAUUCCUAGCGCACCUCCAAAUUUCCUGGGACGCGUCGUACAUUUCCUCUCUACCUCCUCCCCCGUCCCCAUCUCCAACAGCAGAUGGUCGACCGCCCGUACCUUCACGUACUGUAUCAAUACCCAAGACCAAAGCUACCUCUUUAAUGCCGGUCCAUCCUUCAAUAUUUCCUCCCAGUACCCCACAUCCUUUACCAUCCACUGGUGAUGCUGAUCGUCAAUACGUACAAGCUCAGGGUACACCACUGAGGUUCGGAGUCUGGGGCGAGAACUCGAAUUUGGAGGACGCUCAGAACGAGGAUUUCGCCCUGCUGUGGUCUGAAAAAGAUAAGACGUGGGUAGCGGUGUACAAGAUGACAGUGCAAGUCUCGUUUAUGCCAACAAGGGUGCCAGAUCCUCUAUUGUGUCUUACGGUAUCUACCACAUUACGCGAGAAGCCGUUAGCGUUCACGCCUCCUCGCAAACCUCUGGCCGCGCUUAUAGAGGCAGCUGGAGGUCUACCCGACGAGAGGGAACCUGGCACGCCUCUCAAGGUGAAUGGUGAUGAUGACGAUGAAGGGUUGGAUGUCACAGGCUUGGAGGAGGUCAACCUCCUCGAAGGGCUGAAGAUCGAUCCAACCUUCGCGUCGGAGUCACUUAAUUUGCCCACUACACGUCUGGCGCCGUCAGUUCGCAUGCAGUCAUAUUCGCUUCCACCGGUCACGCCUAAUCCAGAUUCACCUGGGACGUCUACUUCAACUCACACUAUUAGUCGUACAGGAACCAGCACUCAUACGACGCUGCGGAAGUCUUUCCGUAAGACUAUGCGCACAGUGUCCGGAUUCCGUGUACGAAUGCGAACAGUAUUUGUACCCUAUUUUAUGCUACCACCGAACGGUACCCGGAAGAGUACGAAUGGCACACCCAGAAAGUCGUCCCCUGACACCGAUUCCGAGGAAUCAGAUCUGGACGACGAAGAGCACCUCAAUGAGCGCGAACUCCGCGAAGCGGGGAACGAAGAACAUACCGUCGUACUUUGUGUUGAAGUGGAGAACGGUGGCGAGUCUUCUGCAGGUUUUGCAGUCGAAAGCGUCAACGUGAGCGUCGGAGGCGAAGGUGCUCAAACUCGACUUAUUGGUUGGGGAGAAAGCGGUCUCUCUCAACCAGAGAAAGUCUUUCCGCUGCUUCUGAACCCGAUGGAACAGUAUAAUCUGCUGUAUGCUGUUUCCUUCCUCAGGUCGCCGGAGACGGAUGAGUUUUCACUUGCAAAAGGACGUGGUUUGCCGGGGACACCUGCAAUACAGGACUUACAGCGAGCAGUGACUAUCAUUAUCAACGGGAGACCUUACGACAUCCUAUCAGAGGACGGUACCAGACUUGAUUUGUCACAACUCAACUAUCCUACACCAACUUUCCCGUCACGAUGGAACUGUGUGCUCGAUCUCUCGCCUCAAUCGCAAGCAACUGUAACAGUGGAUACUGCACCAGAGGAGCAUACCAAGAUCGCUCUUCCGACGCCUGCUUCACCUUUCCCUGGCUCCGCCUCCCGACCUAUGCUCUCGGCAGCAUUGGGUACAGGAGGACUCCUCUCUCCAAUGCCAGCGGCAUUCCAAACUCCCCGAGGCGUGUACCCCAAGUCUCCCGGUACACCUACGCCUACGGGAGCAGGAGCGAUGCCUUCAAUAUCUUCUAUUGUAGCAGGAAGCAAGCGAUACACGCUUAGUGCCAUGGAUGCUGAUAUGGUCAGUGCUUCUGUUGCGUCGAGUGGAGGAGACUCCGCAAAGUUUAGGGGCCAAAUAUCUCCCGUGAACUAUCGCUCGGGACCUGCAAUGUUAAACCCUGCCAAUCAGCGGGAUACUCUUUUGCAAAGUGGUACUCAGGCCACCACGACCGCACCGAUUAAUCCAAUCUUGAGUGCUACCGCAGCAUCGAACAGGAACUCGUACCUUCCUCCAUCUGUAACUGUACAGUCGUACAUGCAAUCUCCUACGACCUAUGGUCCAUUAAGUCCACCUUUGCCACCUGUCCCUGGUGCACAGUCCUACGGUUCCUUCGGCAGUCGUCGUGCAGCGGGUCUUGGACUCGGGCAUGGUCAAGAAGACAGUGUCAGCAGCGCCAUUUCCUUGGAUAUGAUGGUCGUCCCGCCUACGCCAGCAUACCCUGCGUACCCAACGUCUCAACCACUACCCCCAACUCCUCGUUGGCAAGGACCCAUAACGAACUUGCAGUCUGGUGCUGUGGGCCCCAGCGUGGAAAUAAAGAGAGAAAGGGGCGGCAAUGUCGGUAUACCACCUACUCCUGGACCUAUGGUCGGCGCGGGAGGCGGGUUCGCUCAAAUGCAGAUGCAAAUCGAGGCAGAAUCUGGAGGGAGAGGACAGGGGGAGGGCGAUACGAUUGUGGUAAGCGUGGGCUUGUUGCCUAUGAGGCGAUUUUCAAAGGCGGAUGGGACCGGUGCUAUGCGCAAGAUUGGGAAGAUAUAUCCGCUGGAUCAAUUCACGUUGGAUAUCUUCGUGUUCAAUCAGUCCUCGCGGACGAGGAGGUUUGAGGUCAGCUAUCCAGACCGGAGGAAGAGGAGGAAGGAGCAAGUGGUUGGUAUUGGCCAUCCGGCGAAGAAAGGUGAGGGUGACGCUGUUGGCAUCGUACCAUUAGAGAAUCGGGUACGCAUAGGCCCUCUGCUUCCGUCAACGUGUCAGUCCGUCCGUAUGGACUUCCUUGCACUUUCACCCGGAGUGCACUCGGUGGAUACUCUUACAUUGACGGAUAUCCAGACUGGUUACACCAUGAACCUCCGGUACGUGCCCAUUAAGUCUGUUCCCGAUGAGAUUCCUGACGUUGUACGCAGAUCUGUGUUAGAUGUCGUAAUUCAUGAGCAUGAAAUCACACAGGACAAGGAACGCAACCCAUAGUUAUUUAGACUAAUUUGAUACCAUUGGCCCUGUCAUUGAGUGCACAUGAAUUUAGUUUUCUACACCGCAUGAGUAAGAAGAGAAAGGAAAGGCGCCAUAUAUUAC